AGCGCGGCGCCGUGCGCAGACUCAAGCCGUAGCUCAAGAUGGCGGCGGCGGAUAAACAGAAGCAUGAGCACGGGCGGGUGAAGAUCGGACACUACAUCCUUGGCGAUACGCUCGGCGUCGGCACCUUCGGCAAAGUCAAGGUUGGCAAACAUGAGUUAACUGGGCAUAAAGUUGCAGUGAAGAUCCUGAAUCGACAGAAGAUUCGCAGCCUUGAUGUUGUAGGAAAAAUCCGCAGGGAGAUUCAGAACCUCAAACUCUUCAGGCAUCCUCAUAUAAUCAAGCUGUACCAGGUCAUCAGUACACCAACUGACAUUUUCAUGGUGAUGGAAUAUGUUUCAGGAGGAGAACUGUUUGAUUAUAUCUGUAAAAAUGGAAGGCUUGAUGAGAAGGAAAGUAGGCGUCUGUUCCAGCAAAUUCUUUCUGGUGUGGAUUACUGUCACAGGCAUAUGGUAGUACAUAGAGAUCUGAAGCCUGAGAAUGUGCUGCUUGAUGCACACAUGAAUGCCAAGAUAGCUGACUUUGGUCUAUCAAAUAUGAUGUCAGAUGGAGAAUUUUUAAGAACAAGCUGUGGUUCCCCUAACUAUGCUGCACCAGAAGUAAUUUCAGGAAGAUUAUAUGCAGGUCCAGAAGUAGAUAUUUGGAGCAGUGGGGUUAUUCUGUAUGCGUUGUUAUGUGGAACACUGCCAUUUGAUGAUGAUCACGUGCCAACCCUUUUUAAGAAGAUAUGUGAUGGUAUCUUUUAUACCCCUCAGUACCUGAAUCCUUCCGUAAUUAGUCUUUUGAAGCACAUGCUGCAAGUGGAUCCAAUGAAGAGGGCAACAAUCAGAGACAUUAGGGAACAUGAAUGGUUUAAGCAGGACCUUCCAAAAUACUUGUUUCCUGAAGACCCAUCAUAUAGCUCUACCAUGAUUGAUGAUGAAGCCUUAAAAGAAGUGUGUGAGAAGUUUGAAUGCACUGAAGAGGAAGUGCUAAGUUGUCUAUACAGCCGAAAUCAUCAGGACCCUUUAGCGGUUGCUUAUCACCUCAUUAUAGAUAAUAGAAGAAUAAUGAAUGAGGCCAAGGACUUCUACUUAGCUACAAGCCCACCAGAUUCUUUUCUUGAUGAUCACCAUCUGUCUCGCCCUCAUCCUGAAAGAGUGCCAUUUUUAGUAGCCGAAGCUCCACGUCCUCGCCAUACUCUUGAUGAGCUGAAUCCACAGAAAUCAAAACACCAAGGUGUAAGAAGAGCUAAGUGGCAUUUAGGAAUACGGAGUCAGAGUCGACCAAAUGAUAUCAUGGCUGAAGUUUGUCGAGCAAUUAAACAACUAGAUUAUGAAUGGAAGGUUGUAAAUCCAUACUAUCUACGUGUUCGAAGGAAGAACCCAGUAACAAGUGCGUAUUCCAAAAUGAGUCUACAGUUGUAUCAGGUGGACAGCAGGACAUACUUACUGGACUUCCGUAGCAUUGAUGAUGAAAUCACUGAAGUGAAGUCUGGGACUGCAACUCCACAGAGAUCGGGUUCUGUGAGCAAUUAUAGGUCAUGUCAAAAAGAUUCAGAUGCUGAUGCGCAAGGAAAAUCUGCAGAUACAUCCCUUACCUCCUCAAUGAGCUCUUCGCUUGACUCUUCUACAGCUGAUGUAACUCCAAGACCAGGGAGUCAUACAAUAGAAUUUUUUGAGAUGUGUGCAAAUCUUAUUAAAAUACUUGCACAGUAAGUUUGAAGAUGGGCUUAUUUCUUUCAUAGCAAUAAGCAUGCCUAAAUCAUAGUCAAAUGCUUCCAAUUAUAAUCAAGGUAAAUUAGCGAAGGCGCUGAAAAAGCUAGUCACAGAAUGCAAUUUGCACAGGGAUUUAAAUGAUUAUGGCAGUUCACAUACAUUAUUUUGAAGCUGGAGUGAAUUCUGAUUGUCUGCUGUCUAAUAGUGUAAUACAGGUACAGGAAAUCACAUGCCUGUGGGGCAGUGUUUGUAACUUUUUACAUUGGGUGCACAUUAGGCUGCAUGUAACACUUAAGUUAGGUGGACCUUCUUGGGUUUUUUCACUGCUAAUGCAUACAUCUGAUGCAUUCUAAGUAAAUGUACACUUACUAGUUUGGUGACCUUGGUCAGAACUAUCAACAUCUAACAGUAAUGUGUUAAAACUGAUGUGUUUCUUACCCCUUAUUUGACAGUAAAUGAUAAAGAAUAGUUCAAUGUGUUACAAUGUACUACUUUUAACAACUGAUAAAUUUGAUAAAAUGCAUGCAAAUCCAAACAGUUGGAAAUGUAUGUAGGUGCUCUGUAAUGCACUAAGGGUGAUGCUGUGGGCUGUGAGUAGAACAAUUGAGUCCACAAUAGUGGCAAGAGACUUAAUGCUGAGAAGACAUGGCACCCCGUGGGCUAAAACAAAACGUUGCUCUGUGAAGGAGAACUGUCAACAGGUUCCUGAUCUGUGCAGAUUUGCUAGCUCAUGCCUUAGUGUGGUAGAAGCACAGCAGCUCCCGACUGCUACUGCAGGCUGAGAAUGCUUUUCCUUAGAAAUGUGCAUGUAGCUAAGAGCACAGCCUAAGGGCUGUUGCGUGAUAUUGCAGAUCUGAAGUUGACAGUUUCUUGAAAUCUAUGUUAAUACUUUGAUACAGCUGUUAUCACAUGUUAACUUAGCAUAUUCUGUAUAGGAUUCACUUUGCAGUUGAAACUACACACAUUUUGCUAUUCAAAUAAUUUUGAAAUUAAAUAGUCCACUUUCAGUUGAACAUUGAAAACUGAUCAUGACAACUUUAGUGCUAAUAUUAAAAAGGUUUUCAACAGUAGAUUGCAAUUACAAGUAACGUAAAUUUUUCUGCAUUGAUGGUUUUUUGCAGUGUUUCAGGAAGAAAACUGAACCCUACAUUUUAAAAACACAGCUAGUACAAAAACGUUUAGUCUCUUGUAAAUUGGAUAUAACUAGCCACAGUCCCACCUUCAUCUGGCAGUAAUAGAUAUAAACAGUAAACUAUAUCAUAAAAUGUUUAGUUUUGUAUUCAAGAAUUCAUGUUCUCUUCAAAAUAGACUUGAGGACCUACUCAGUUUCAAAGGUUGCUCUCCUGGGGAGAGACUGGAAAUCAAGGCAUUACUAUGAACAGUGAAACCUGGACUCUUAAAAUGGAUGGGGAUACUUGCUAAUAACUGAGAUUUCAUCCACGGAACUCUUGGCUACAGGUACAAGAACAGUUUAAUCCAGGCCAUCUGGCUUCAGUCCAGAAAUUCGCCUGUUAUGAACAUGCACAGAAUCUGAAGAAAUGUAAAGCUGCUUUAACCCCCAGAACUGCUUUAACUGCAUUCUGAACUGGGCAAUUGUGUGGUCUGUCUGGUAUGUAGGUACAAGUUACAACUUCAAUUGUAUAUCCUCAAGUGUCACACAUGGUCCCUGUAAUGCAAGGUUGUAUUACUGUAGCUCAAAGUGGAAGAUUUGCCUUAAAUAAAGGUUUGGUUUUAAACUGCUGAGAUUGAGAUGUCAACAUGAGGGGACCAGCUGCAAAUCCUACUUUUAAGUCCUGUUUUUAGUCUUGUAAGAAUUCGUUCUGAUGUACUGAAUAAAUCAGUGCGUUCAUGUUUGUUACCCUUUUAUUCUGAAAUUGUUAAAUAUUGCACUUGUACAAAUAUAGCAAAUGUACAGGUUUUUUAAUUGCAGUAAUUCCUCAUCUGGAAUUGGUGUGGGAUCACUCUUGCAUAUGUUAAGCUAAAUAUUUAGAAAUGGUAUCUGCUCCUUGUAAUGCUGACCACAAAAACAAGGUGUCAAGAUGCAAGUAGCUUCUAUUUUAUAUACCUGUUUUGGCCUUCUUGUGCAUUAAGACAACCAUGUUUUUUCCUUUGUCUUGGUAUCUGGCAGAAGUGUACUGUAUGCGUAGUUUUGAAUGAAGUAAAUUUUAUUGGUAUGAUAAAUCAAUUUUGAUGGCCAAAAGUUUUCUGAUUGAACUGAGAUUUUUAUAAGGGGUGGGAGAGGGAGAGAGGGGAACUGACAACCUCGUAGAACCCAAACAGUUGUCUGUUUUGUGACUUUGCUAAGCUUUGUAGAUCUUGCUGCUGAAACUGCUUUCUUCAUGUGUUCCUGCGGAUCUUGCAGACCUUUUUUUAGCAUCGCACUAGUAUCUGCUGCUUGGCUGUGAAACAAAACUUCACUAAGAAAGCUGCCAGGGUUGUAAGGAGGCAGCUUAUGGAAAUACACACACUGGUCAAGUAUGUUUAUGUUCCCAAGCUUACUCCACUUGGAGUACACUGAAUUAUCUUGCCUUUGUAUUGCAAAUUUUUCAAAAACAUGGAUGAACCUGACUGUCCAUGGGCAAUAGAACUCACUAGGUAAUGGAUAAAAAUUCAUCUUGGUGGUACAAUAUUAAAAAAAGAAACUUUAAUGUUUGUCUUGGUGUGUUUAAUACAAAAUUGGAAAAAAAUUUUAUUUUACCAGUUGAUUACCAGUGUAAGAUAGGAAGUCCUGUUCCUUAACAAAGAUGUGCCUACAUCCUGUGUUGAUUUCUUUUGCAAAGCUGAAUGGCAAAAAUGCUUGUUUAUAACUGUAUAACUUUUUAAACUUUCAAAACUUAGAACUAAGUAAACAUGAAAUACUGAACCAAA